UGAAAAAACGUGUUUACCAUUUCUGUUUGUGUUUAAUAACAAUCAAAUUUAAAAUUGUUACAGAAUCUUAUUUAAAAUUAAAUAAAAAAUAUAUAAUUAAUAAUCAUGAAAGAACUUUUCUUCGAAACAAAAAAUCUAGUGGAAUAAAAUAUUUGAAAGUUUUUAGGUUAUUUUGUUUGAUUGUGUGACUCUUUAAAUAGUUUCAGAGUAAAUUAUUUAUUUAUUUAAAUAAUUGUUUAAAUUAUAAUACUUUUAAUUGAAUUAAUAAUAAAACGGGUUAAUUAAUUUAAAAAUAAAAAUGGCUAAAAAGCGUUAUAAUGCACGUGCAAGAACGAAUCCAACUGUUGAAAUUGACAAUUCGUCAGUUAGUAAGGUGCAAAUUGAAAUUGAAAACACUAAAGAAACUUACGAUGAAUCGAAUAAAUUUUUAAUUCCAACAGAAAAACGUAAAACUAAAAAAACUGACAAGAGAAAAACAAUCACACCUUUCUUAUCUAACAAACGUAGGAAACAACUGGAAAAAGUUAUCGAACGUAAAGAAAAAAAACAGAGGAGAGCUGGAUUAUUAGAAGAUUUAGCUAGAGUUCAAGUACCAGCCGAAGAACUCCAGCAGUACAUGUCGAUAACUACAAUCCAAACUAAAGGACUGAAAAGACACUUUCAAGAAUUAAAUGCUCCCCAAUCAUUCCCAAAAAAUAAAAAGUACGACGUGGAAGAGGCUGAAUCAAUUCCAAAUGCUAUCAAAGGUAACAAGAGAAUACGAACGGCGUUACUUAGAGAUGAAUUAACACAUCAAUCAUCAUCUGAUCCAAAUAUCGUUGGUUUUGAGGAAGAUACCGAUAGUAAUGAAGAAUCGAGUGAUAAUGAAGAAGAAGAAAAAGAUAACGAAGAAGAAAAGGAGGAUGAAGAAGAAAAAGAAGAAGAUUUAAUUGUCGAAAAAGUAAUUGAUAAAAAUAUCGAUACAAUUAUUAACAAAUCUGAUAAAAAUGAAGAAAAAAAAUCUACUAAAGAUGUAACUGAAGUAGAUAAACCUCCUGCAAAAAUAAUAUAUGAAAAAAUAGACCGUAAGCCAGCAGUUUUUGUUCCUGUAAAUCGUAAACCGGAAAUUCAAGAAGCGCGAUUAAAACUUCCGGUGCUGGAAGAAGAACAAGGUAUAGUAGAAGCAAUAAAUGAAAAUAAUGUUGUGAUAAUAACUGGUGAAACAGGAAGUGGUAAGACAACCCAAGUACCUCAAUUUUUGUACGAAGCUGGGUAUGCUAGAAGUAAAAUGAUUGGUGUAACUGAACCAAGAAGAGUUGCUGCCAUGUCUAUGAGUAAACGUGUUGGUGAAGAAAUGAAUUUAAAAACUGAUGUAGUGUCGUAUUUAAUAAGGUUUGAGGGUAAUGUCACGCCUGAAACUAAAAUAAAAUUUAUGACCGAUGGUGUUUUGUUAAAAGAAGUCCAACAUGAUUUUUUGUUGACUAAAUACUCCGUUAUUAUUUUGGAUGAAGCUCAUGAACGCAGUGUUUAUACAGACAUUCUUAUUGGUUUGUUGUCGCGUAUUGUACCUCUACGUGCUAAAAAAGGUGACCCGUUAAAAUUAAUAAUUAUGUCAGCUACGUUGCGCGUUGAAGACUUUGUAAGUAAUCCAAAACUCUUUAAAAUUAAACCACCGGUUAUUGAAGUUGCUUCCCGACAAUUUCCAGUAACGAUUCACUUUAAUAGAAAAACAAGUCAAAAUUACGUCUUGGAUGCGGUUAAAAAAGCUGUUAAAAUCCAUACACGUUUACCUGAAGGUGGAAUUCUUAUUUUUUUAACUGGUCAGCAUGAAGUUAAUUCAGUUGUUCAAAAAUUACGUAAAGCGUUUCCUUAUAAAAAGAAGAGAUGGACAGCAACCAAGUCUACAAUAAAAAAUAAAGAUUCCGAAGACAAUGAUAGUAAUAAUGAUGAUGAUGAUGAUGAUGAUGAAGCAGAAGAAUUGAAUGCUAUGAAUGCAAUUCGCCGUAUAAAAAAUAAAAGGAAAUUAGAAACUAUUAACUUGCCUAAAAUAAAUCUUGAUAAUUACUCAGCAGUGCCUACAGAUGAUACGCAAGAAGAUUUUUUUGAUGAUGAUGCUGAUGAUAAUGAUGAUGUUAAUUUAGAUGAAGAUGAAGAAGAAGACGAAGAUAUUUUAGAAUUAAAAGGUUUAUCAGGCUCACAGCCCAUGUGGGUUUUGCCGCUGUAUUCAUUACUUCCAGCUCAUAAACAGUCAAAAGUAUUUGAAACUGUACCUGAAGGCUGCCGUCUUUGCGUGGUAUCAACAAAUGUCGCUGAAACGUCACUUACUAUUCCCCAUAUUAAGUACGUAAUAGACAGCGGUCGUUGUAAAACACGAUUGUAUGAUAAAAUAACUGGCGUUACGACAUUCAGAGUUUGUUAUACAAGCCAAGCUGGUGCUAAUCAACGAGCUGGAAGAGCUGGUAGAAUGGGUCCAGGUCAUUGUUACCGGCUGUACUCAUCAGCUGUUUACAAUGACGAGUUCGAAAAAUUUAGCGAACCCGAAAUACGUCGCAAACCCGUUGAUGAUCUUCUACUACAAAUGAAAGUAAUGAAUAUUGAUAAAGUCAUUAAUUUUCCAUUUCCGUCAGCUCCUGAUAUCAUUCAGUUGAAGUCUGCGGAGAAACGUCUUUGUAUUUUGGGAGCUCUGGAACCAGUAACGCAGCAGAAACAGUCGGAGAAUUUUAGCGCCAAAGUAACUCCACUUGGUCGAAGUAUAUCUGCGUUUCCAGUAGCGCCACGCUAUGGAAAAAUGCUGGCUUUAUCUCAACAGCAAAAUCUUUUGAAGUAUACAAUCUGUAUGGUAUCGGCGCUGUCAGUUCAAGAGCUGCUGAUUGAAUCACUUGGCUCGGAGGGUGAAUCUAAAACAAAGUGGUUACAAAAACGACGUUGCUGGGCUGGGAUUGGUAAUAGUUUACUUCUUGGUGAUCCAAUGGUACUUAUUCGUGCUGUUGGUGCUGCUGAGUAUGCACAGUCUCAGGGUAAAAUGUUUAAUUUUUGUGAAGAAAAUGGAUUACGUACAAAAGCAAUAACGGAAAUUCGUAAAUUACGUCAACAACUUUCAAAUGAAAUAGCAUUAAAUAUACCCGAGUUGGAUUUAACAAUCGAUCCUAAUAUGCCACCACCAACAGACUUGGAUGCCAAACUUCUUCGUCAGAUAGUUCUUUCUGGUAUGGCUGAUCAUGUUGCAAAAAGAGUAAGUCCUGAUGAAAUAAAACAAGAUGAAGAUAAAGUAAAGUGGCGACAUGCUUAUAAAACUUUAGAGAUGGAAGAUCCUGUAUUUAUGCACUCGUCUUGUGUUUUGAGAAAAAGUAAACCCGAGUGGGUGGUUUAUCAAGAAAUUUACGAAACGAAUAAGAUGUAUAUGAGAGGUGUUACUGUUAUUGAACCGGAAUGGUUAAUUAAAUUCGCUCCAACUCUGUGCCGUAUGAAUGAACCUCUUGAUGAUCCACCGCCUAGGUAUGACAUUGAGACGGGAAAAGUACUGGGACAUAUGAGUGGUACCUUCGGACGUGCGGCUUGGGAACUGCCAACGAUGGAAAUGGAAUAUCCAAAUAGCGUUGACGGAGUUAAAUACUUUGCCAGGUUCUUCCUUGAAGGACAAGUUUGUCCGAAAUUGAAACGAUUUGUCCCUUCGUUACUUUCUUCACCCGGUACUAUAAAUAAAUCUUGGGCUGAACUACUUCCAAGGACAAAAGCUAUCACGAAUGCUUUGUUAAGUAAAGAAGUAAUGUCGAAAGAAAAAUUAUUGGAAGCCUGGCAGGAAGACAAACAUUUUCUUUUGAACGCCUAUCAAAAAUGGUUACCAGAAUCAGCACAUUCACAAGUUGCAUUAAUUUGGCCGCCUGUAUGAAUUAUUUUUAUGUAGAAUUAAUUAUAAUAAUUAUUUUAUUUUGUAAAAAAUUUAAUAAAUUUUUUAUUAUUAUUAA